GAUCCUAGAGGAAAUGCUCGCCGGCGGCCGUGAGGCAAGGCAGGUGUCUCAGAGCUGGGGCCUCGGGGACUUCUCCAGGACUCGCUGAAACCGCCUGCACCCUGGUGAUGGCACACAGGGACUGUUUUCUUACCCUCGGUCUGAAGGACUGCCUGGAAAGACCUCGAAGGUAAAGAAGGUGAAUCUCUGGCUCUCCAGAGCUUUCUGAUCUGCGACCUCUUUCAGCGCCUUCCUGAGCCCGAGGACAGAGCUCCCUUAAACAAAUGACUUUUGAGUUAUGAGUGAAGACGCUUGCUCGCUCCAUAAUGAGAAAGAGUGGGAAGACGGACAGGUUGAAAGAGUGGCUGUGGAGGGCGCCUCACUGCGUGACGGGGGGAGUCAUGCUCUUCCCACCUUCAGAGGGAUUCCCCUCUCGGAGUUGAAGUACCACGGCGUCCUCCAGGCCCUGACGGCAGAAGCCAUCGGAUGGCAGCCGGGCGCUGUAAGCGCUGAGGUGCUCCGAGCCCAGGAAGAAUGGGAAGCCGUGGACAGCAUCCAGCCAGCGACGGGUAACUGCGGCAUGUGGAGCUGGGCCGGUUCUGAGCAGCCUGGCCAGCUCAUCUCCUUCAGUGAGGCCCUGCAGCAUUUCCAGACUACAGACCUCUCCUCCUUCAAGGAGAGGAUUCAGCCCACCGUUCGAAGGAGCGGGCUCGCCGCCCUCCGGCACCUCCUCUUUGGGCCUCCGAAGCUUCACCGGGGCCUCCACGAAGAAAGGGACUUAGUCCUGACCAUUGCUCAGUGUGGCCUGGAUAGCCAAGACCCAGUGCACGGCCGAAUUCUCCAGACCAUCUACAAGAAGCUGACGGGCUCCAAGCUCGACUGUGCCCUCCACGGAGACCACUGGGAAGACCUGGGCUUUCAGGGAUCGAAUCCAGCCACCGACCUUAGGGGAGCAGGCUUCCUGGCCCUCCUGCACCUGCUCUACCUGGUGAUGGACUCCCAGACCCUGCUGAUGGCGCAGGAGAUCUUCCGGCUGUCUCAUCACCAUGCCCAGCAAUUCCCCUUCUGUCUGAUGUCCGUGAAUAUCACCCGCAUUGCCAUCCAGGCCUUGAGGGAAGAGUGCCUCACCCGGGAGUGUAAUCGGCAGCAGAAGGUGAUCCCUGUGGUGAACAGCUUCUACGCAGCCACUUUCCUCCGCCUCGCCCACAUCUGGAGGUCACAGCAGAAAACCAUCUCAGACUCUGGCUUUGUGCUCAAAGAUUUGGAAGUGCUGGCCAAGAAGAGCCCCCGGCGGCUGCUCAAGACCCUGGAGAUCUACUUGGCUGGGACGUCGAAAGGCCAGGCCUCCUUGCUGGGAGCACCGAAGGGCUAUGGACCCCACGCCCCUCACUCCAAGGAGCUCACCUUCACAGGUGUGUGUGACCUGCCGCUGCACUCUUCCGAAGACGCACAGCCCAUCUGACCAAGCCCCCACAGGCUGGCUGCUGCAAUGACUUCAAUUUGGGGCUGCGGGGCCUUCAGAGAACCCACCGCAGCGUGUGUGGGGGCCCAUGGCUGGACCAUCCCCGCAGUGCCUCACAGGUGGGUGUAGGAAACUCCGGGCCUGGUUGGGGAAAGCCAGGGGCCCUCACCUGUGUUCCAUUAGACGGGUUUGAUGGCACCUGCUCCCUGCAGUCGUGCUUCAGAGCAAGGAGAGUUUCUUCUUAAACCUUUCUUGGACUGCAGUUCCCGGCAAGGAGAGUGUGAUGGGAACCCCCCUCCGGGAUGCUCCCUGCAACCCCUUCCUGAAGGAGAUCCUCAGUGGAGGGUGCUCACCUGGUUUUUUUCCAGCCCUGUGCUUGCUCAGGGGCUGCAGGUAGAAUGGAGGAGAGCAGCCAGCACGGGGAAGCAGCCAGCAGGGGGCAGCCUGUGCCAGAGCAAGCUAAGCGGCGGGACUGAGCCCCCAGCUGGCUGGGCUUUCCUCCUCCGUCCACCUGCCUCCCCUGCCUCCCCUGCCUCAUGGGAUAGCACCCAGUGCAGCCCUCACCCCUAGAGGCGAGGGGUGGCUUUCUGACCUGGAGGGAAGGAAACAUUUCUACACCAGCAGUUCAAAUAAAGGCAUCUUUCUAGUG